ACCCUCAAACCCUCCUUAUCCCCCUCCUUUCUAUCUUUCGCUCUCCUCUUGGCAAUGGCGUUCGCCGGGCGGCCUUCUCCGUCUUUCCCCAGCGUUACGCCGGCGGCGCCACCUCGAAGAAGACAGAAUCCCACCAAUGCCACCUUCGUCGCCUCGUCCCUGCGCGACGUCUCCAGCAAGGGCACCUCCUUCGACCUAUCACAAUGGGCCAAAAAGAACUCCUCCACCGUCCGCAAAACCCUAGGCGGGAGUCUCCUCUCUGUAUUUGUCUUCCACCUAGCCUCCUCCUCGGGUGGUGGGGGUGGAGGGAACUCAGCUGGUGGUGGCGGUGGAGGAGGAGGAGGAGGUGGUGGCGGCGGCGGAGAAGGUGGGUGGUGGCGUAGGAUAUUUUCUGUGCAGGCAAAUGCAAAGGAGGAGGAAUCGUCUGAAUGGGACUCUCACGGACUUCCGGCGAACAUUGUGGUGCAACUGAACAAGCUCAGCGGGUUUAAGCGCUACAAGAUCUCUGACAUCAUUUUCUUCGACCGGCGCCGAGGCCGGACUAUUCCCUCCGAAGAUUCAUUUUUUGAGAUGGUCUCGCUUCAGCCGGGGAAGGUGUACACGAAGGCCGUGCUUCAGAAGGAGCUUGAAUCCCUUGCUACCUGUGGCAUGUUUGAGAAGGUUGACAUUGACGGCGUGACGAAGCCCGACGGGACUCUCGGGCUGAAGAUCUCCUUCUCUGAGAGCACAUGGCAGUCGGCCGAUAGUUUCCGCUGCAUCAAUGUCGGGCUGAUGCCGCAGUCGAAGCCGCUCGAGAUGGACCCCGACAUGACGGACAAGGAGAAGAUGGAGUACAUUCGGCGUCAGGAAGCGGAUUACCGGCGGAGGAUCGACCGAUCGCGGCCGUGUCUGCUGCCCAUUCCUGUGCAAAGGGAAAUUAUCCUGCUGCUGAAGCAGCAUGGGAAGGUCAGCGCGCGGCUGCUGCAGAGGAUACGGGAUCGAGUGCAGAAAUGGUACCACGAUGAGGGCUAUGCUUGCGCUCAGGUUGUGAAUUUUGGCAACCUGAACACGAGGGAAGUCGUGUGUGAAGUAGUGGAGGGUGAUGUUACUCAGCUAGUCGUUCAAUUCCAGGAUAAACUUGGAAAUGUCUGCGAGGGCAACACGCAGCUUCCAGUUGUUCGCAGGGAGUUGCCACCACAGCUUCGACCAGGACAUGUUUUUAACAUAGAAGCAGGGAAACAAGCGCUUCGAAAUAUUAAUUCUCUUGCCUUAUUCUCUAAUAUUGAAGUAAAUCCCCGACCUGAUGAAAAAAGUGAAGGCGGGAUAAUUGUGGAGAUCAAACUUAAAGAGCUUGAACAAAAGACAGCUGAAGUCAGCACAGAAUGGAGUAUUGUACCUGGACGUCAAGGGCGGCCAACCUUGGCAUCUAUACAACCUGGUGGAACCGUUUCUUUUGAACAUCGGAAUAUAAAAGGGCUGAACAGAUCCAUUCUUGGUUCUGUUACUUCCAGCAACCUUCUUAAUCCUCAGGAUGAUCUUGCCUUCAAGCUUGAAUAUGUGCACCCUUAUCUAGAUGGCGUUUAUAAUCCACGUAAUCGUACGUUCCGUGCAAGUUGCUUCAACAGUCGAAAGUUGAGUCCAGUCUUUACAGGUGGCCCUGGGAUGGAAGAUGUGCCUGCUAUAUGGGUGGACAGGGUUGGCGUUAAAGCAAAUAUUACAGAGAAUUUUACCAGACAAAGUAAGUUCACAUAUGGAGUCGUCAUGGAAGAGAUUACUACUCGUGAUGAAACAAGUAGUAUCUGUACCCAUGGUGCCAGGGCCUUGCCAAGUGGAGGAUUGAGCAUGGAUGGCCCUCCUACAACAUUGAGUGGCACGGGAAUUGAUCGCAUGGCUUUUCUUCAAGCAAAUAUUACGCGUGACAAUACAAAGUUCAUAAAUGGCACUAUUGUUGGGGAUAGGAACGUGUUUCAGCUGGACCAAGGUCUAGGCAUCGGGAGCAAGCUUCCAUUCUUCAACCGUCACCAGCUGACCAUAACCCGCUUCAUUCAGUUGAAGCAAGUGGAAGAAGGCGCCGGAAAGCCACCACCACCAGUGAUGGUGCUUCAUGGACAUUAUGGUGGAUGUGUAGGUGACCUCCCUAGUUACGAUGCUUUCACUCUCGGUGGUCCCUAUUCUGUAAGAGGCUAUAACAUGGGUGAGUUAGGCGCUUGCAGAAAUAUCCUCGAGCUGGCGGCGGAAUUGCGUGUCCCAAUAAGGAAGACACAUGUUUAUGUUUUUGCUGAACAUGGAAACGAUCUAGGGAGUUCCAAGGAUGUCAAAGGGAACCCAACCGAGUUCUUCCGGAGAGUAGGGAAUGGUUCCUCUUACGGUGUUGGUGUCAAGCUGGGACUUGUGAGAGCUGAAUAUGCUGUCGACCACAAUUCUGGCACAGGGGCUGUGUUCUUUCGAUUUGGGGAGAGAUUUUGAGGCAGGGACAGCGAUGAGGCUUGUGCAUUUGACUUGCCCCUGGGGUCGAAAAUUUUGUUUAGAUUAUUUGUUUGUUGUUAUGGCUCGACAAAUUAAAGUUAUUUGCAGACAAAUAAUUGGCUCUGUCUUCGACAUUACCAUGUUAUUCAUUUCAACUACGAUAAACGGACCUUGUUGGAUGCCAUCACCUUUAUUAAGUUAUAUGAUCACAAAAAAUAGAAUUUGUACUUU